AACCCUUCCCGGGCCCUAAGGCCCAACGCUUAUAGGCCACAGAAAAGAAAGAAAAUAUUUUUAGGGCAAAUCAUUUCAGCCUCACCAGUCGCCUCCAUCUCUAUUCUCGUUGUCGACUCUGAACUUGUCUCUCUUUCUCUCGCCUCUCUCUCUGUAAACUUCUCAUUUCAAAAUCAAACACCAAAACCAGAUCUCCAACCAUGGCGGUCGCACCUACAGCACGCGAAUAGAACGUGUACAUGGCAAAGCUGGCCGAGCGGUACGAAGAGAUGGUUGAGUUCAUGGAGAUGGUGUCGGCGGCGGCGGACUCGGAGGAGCUCACGGUGGAGGAGCGCAACCUCCUCUCCGUGGUCUACAAGAAUGUGAUCGGCGUACGACGAGCCUCCUGGCGGAUCAUCUCCUCGAUCGAGCAGGAGGAGAGCCGUGGCAACGAGGACCAGGUCUCCAUGAUCGGAAACUACAGAUCCAAGAUCGAGUCCGAGCUCUCCUCGAUCUGCGACGGUAUUCUCAAGCUGCUUUACACGAGGCUCAUCCCUUCGGCUUCCUCCGGUGACUCCAAAGUCUUUUACCUGAAGAUGAAGGGCGAUUAUCAUCGUUAUCUCGCUGAGUUCAAGACCGGUUCGGAGCCCAAGGAGGCUGCUGUGGGCACGCUCAAUGCCUACAAAGCGGCUCAGGAUGAUUUGCAAGUUGCGCAUACAGUUUCACAAUCGGAAGACAAAUUCACAAAUUCUCUUGCUGAUUAUUUGGCAAAGUGUGGAAGGGAUGACACGAUUGCCAACGAGUUGAAAGUCAAAAGAAUUACUUCGAAGGAUCUCCACACUACAAGUUUCAAACUUUGUUCCGAGUAUACCAGCUUGCUUGCUUAUAGCUAAUGUAGCUAAACUUUGUAGGAUGAUUUGCAAGUUUCGCAUACAGUUUCACAAUCGGAAGACAAAUUCACAAAUUCUCUCGCGGAUUAUUAGGCAAAGGGUGGAAGGGACGGCAUGAUUGCCAAGGAGUCGGAAGUCAAAAGAAUUACUUUGAAGGAUCUCCACAAUACAAGUUUCAAACUUUGUUCCGAGUAUACCAGCUUGCUUGCGUAUUAGCUAAUGUAGCUUACAAAGUUUUAGUCAAGCAAAAUGCUUAUUCCGACUAAAACAAUGUAAAUGUACAAGCUUCAAAGUAUCAAUGCUUGAUUUAUUUUGUAGUACAUAAGAUUUGUCUACUGAUAUGCUCCUCAUCUCAUUUAUUUUGUAGUACAUAAGAAUGAUGUGUUGUCUGCU